AUUUGACUGUAAAUAAUGCAAUGUGUGAUCAAAACAGAGAAAUGAUUUUCAAUUAUAAACACAACUAAUUGUUUGAAUGAAUGAAUGGUUUAAUUGAAUUGCAAUUCAAUUACUAUUGAAAUGUUUCGUUUGCUUUCAUCACUUCCGUCGCGAUUAAGCCAUGAGUGGCAAAAGUGGAUCAGAUAUGGCGACAAUCGGUGGCCAAACGCUCAUCAGUCGUAAUGUGGAGACCAAUGACAUGAUGUGCAAGAGGUCUGUCAUAUACUACAGUCACUCAAAGGGUCGCUUCAAAGACAACAGAGCGGUUGUCAAUCGGUUUUAUCGCCUCAAUUGGGGCGCUUGGAUCAGACCCCGAGCCGGAAGACACAAACACUUGUGGUCCAAACCAUAUCACAUCAAAUGGUGGGCAAAACAGCACGUGUUUUGUACGGACGAGCAGAACAAAGUGUUGGAUCAGAUGGUGGGCGCCUACUAUAAGAGGCCCACGUAUUUCGUCGACGAUCCCUACGAACCCUAUCAGAAGAGACACGACUUUGCUUUCGUACCGCUCGGCAAAGACUCAGUCACUACUAGUUAUAUAAAUACUUUAUAUGAAUAUAAAUCUAAUAAAUAGUCGUUAAAUAGUUAUCCGGUAUUUCAUAUGACAUUUGUUUUGCUAAAUGUGAACACAUUACUAGACUAUGGUAUAUGAGUUGUAAUAAUGAUUACGGUAUUUGAUGUCAAUUUGAUUGAAC